GCAUAUAUAAAAUUAAUGACAGGUAGACAAAUUUUUCCAGCAGGAGGCAGCACGAUCAAGCUCUGCUCUUCCUCUGAUGACGCAGCUCAGCUGACCUCGCAGCCAUCUGUUUUUCUCUGCCCGUCCCUCCCUGCUCUCAGCUGUUGCGGGCAAGUUCAGUCCGGGAGACGCGUGGGGUUGCCUGCCACCGAAGGUAGUGGCCUGGCUGUUGCGCAUGGGAACAUGGACAUGAAAAGGAAGACCAGCCAUAAGUCGGUGGACUCAAUACCUGUCAAUCUGGAUGGCCUGACACCGGGAGACCUGAUUGAAAUCUUCCGCUUUGGGUACCAGCACUGGGCCAUCUAUGUGGGGAACGGUUUUGUCAUCCAUCUGGCUCCCCCAAGCGAGUUCGCCGGGGCCGGCUGCGCAAGCUUGAUGUCCACCCUGACCGACAAGGCCCUGGUGAGGAAGGAGCUGCUGCAGGAGGUGGUGGGCAGGAACCGCUACCGGGUCAACAACAAGUACGACGCCAAGUUCCCACCGCUGCCCGCGGCCAAGAUUGUCCGGCGGGCCGAGGAGAAGGUGGGCCAGCAGCUGGCGUACAAGGUCACCAGCGAGAACUGCGAGCAUUUCGUCACGGAGCUGCGCUACGGCGUGGCCGCGAGCGACCAAGUGCGGGAUGUGCUUGUGGGGGUCAGUAUCGCAGGCCUGGGCCUGGCCGCCCUGGGACUCGUCGGCGCCGCCAUGGUCAGGAAGAAGAAGCAACAGAACCAAUAACAGAGACUCGGAGACGGCCGUUUUCUUUCGGGUUUCCUUGUUUAGACCUAGUUUUGUUUUCUUUCCAAAGCCAACUUCCUAACCAACCAGCUCAGACUGGUGCAAUUCAGAGCCGUGGUCCAAAAGCCCCCUCUGCUUUCUGAACAAUUUGUGUGUGUGUGUGUGUGGGUGACAUGCUUCCCCCUCUGACUCUCCAGUAAAGGUGUGUUGCGAGUCCACAGAGGUGGGUGGUGAGGGCUCCCCCCAACGUUAUGGACCACCGUGGAUCAUGGCCUUGGUUGCAGCUACGUGGACAGCAGCCGGAGCAGGAAGAGGCAAGAUGUGGGGGGGCGGGGGCGGGGGCUGCGGAGGACAGCACGUUCUCCCAAGUUUGUGACAAAGCCGAGAUUCGGACUGUGGCCUUCCUGAUGUCUUGCCCGGCCUCACAAUUAGCUAACCCUAAUUAACAUGCAGAACUGGUGGUGGUGGACACAUUCUAGCUCCAGUGUUUUAAAUCAUUCCCCUUCACUUUUACUCCCCUUUCAUUUCCACGGUGCCACUCCAGAAGGCCGCCUCUCUGUAUUUAUAUUGCAGGUCGGUAAGAUGCGUGUUGAAAAUUCUGGUCCUUGCAUUUCAGACUUUUUGGCAGGGCCGGCGCUUAUGUUGAGACUGAAGCCCAGUUGGAGCCAGCAAAGGCCUCGCUUCUGUAGGACGGAAUCGGCCCAGAGUUGUCUAGGGAAUGCUUUUUCUGGAUUAGGGGUCCGAUUCUAGGGAGUGCCAACUGCUGCCCGCCCACCUCUUGAUUUGGUCCAUUCACACAUUGCUUUGUUUCUUGGGAACUUUGUACCUGGCUUGAGGUAUGAGAGCAACUCUAAAAUUUGGCAUGGGUCAAACCUGCACUGUGGAAUCCACCCUAUUUUAUGUUGUGUUGGACCCCAGACAUGUGUUUGGGGUUUGGAGGAUGCUUCUCCUAGAAAGACCUCCCCCAGCCUGGUGCCUUUUCAAAGUGCUGGACUACAGCUCCCAUGGGCUGGGUUGGCAGGGGAUGAUGGUCCUCAAAGUCCAACACAACUGUUGGGGUAAUGACGUUUGGCAGAAUUCUUCCUCCAGGCUGCAUGGUUGAAGGAGAGAACAAGUUUUGCAAUUUCUCCUUCUGCAAGGCGCUCGAUUCCUUUUGUGGCUUCUCGGCUUCUGGAGACUUUUUUCGAUGAAGGCUGGGACAAAUACAUUUCCGAACGGAAGCAGUGGAGAUGGGAAGGAGGAGAGGAGAGAUGCAGAGGGAAAGAGAGGGGGGUGUUUGGGGGAGUGCGAAUUUUGGGUUUGGCUUUUUGAUAAAAACUUCCCAAUGUUUCCAAAUUUGUUCAUUUUCUGGGGGCAGAAAGAAACUGAGUUUGGGAUACAGGGAACUCCUUUUCUGAUUCACCCAGCCGGGCAGAAGCUCUCGGGAGCUUGGCUCUUGGAAGACCACCUUUGAACCCCCGUUUAUUCAGCCAUGUCGGCAUCUUAGCAGCCAUGUUACAAAGAGGUCACCUCUAGGCUGGGUGAUGCUCUUCUUAGCAAAUUUAAAUGGUGUGGAUUGAGGAGAAUUUUAUUUCUGUUCCUUUUUUGCUAAGAUGUGCUUAAAGUCACCCAUUUCUUCAUAUACCAGCUGGAAAAAAACUUUAAAAAUGCCUCCGGUGUAAAGAAGGCAGGGCUGCUAACUGAUUGGAAGAAUUAAACUGUUGUGUUAGACCAGGAGUAAGGAAGCCAUGGCUUCUUGAUGGACUACAACCUUCAGCAUCCCUGACCAGGGAUGUUGCUCAGCAACAUCUGGAGGGCUGCAGAUUCCUAACCCCUGCAUUAUAGAGGCACCAGAGCAAGGAUUGGUUUGAAGAUUUCUUGGCAAAGUGUGAGUUGCGGAAAUUCUCUUAGAACCCAGAGAUAACCAAGGAAGAAGAUUCAAGUCCCAUGUGGGGAAACAGGUGGGUCGUUUUGAAGGAUAAACCUUGAAAUCUGAAAGGUUGUGAAUAUUUGCAUUUAUUUGUAUAAUUGCACUGAGUGAAAAUUCUGCGCUUGGCAAAGCAGAAUUCUGCGACUUGUAGAAAUGAGAUGCAUUUCCAGAAUUUUUCCAAUCUUGUUCCAUUUCUUCACUGUUUGACAAAAUUCGUUUUACUUUUGCUCGCCAUGUGUGGAUGAGGAAGAAGAAAAUUCAGGAUGGGGAUGCUAUAGACUUUGUAAAAAUCCAUUCCAUUUGCAUUUCACAGAUUGUCAAGUUACUUUUCAGUCCAUUGUCUUUUUACUGAUGGAAUUAGGAUGUGUAGAGACACAAAUUCGGCAUUUGUAGGAACACAAAUUCGCACUCACGCAAAUUCGCACUCACACAAAUUCGCACUCCUGACAUGGUGCAAAUCCCUGAAAAAAGCAAAUUUUCACCCUUCAGUUCAUGGAGAAAAUGUGAACUUUUAAUCAGUGUUUCAUAUUUUUCUUGGAACUAAGUUUGUGUAAAAUUACCGAAACUUCAAAGAAUGGUCAGAAAAGUGUAACAAAGCAGCCGGAAAUUAGAUUCUAAGAAAUUCAAACUAACCUGAGUCAGUUCUCUGAUCAUCCUAAUCCAGUUGACUAAAUUCCUGCUUCCAGACUCUGGAAACCUGGCUAAAUUAAACUGUACCAAUAUUUGCAUGAUCCACAAUUGUGUGAACUGCUUUUUU